AUGGUUCAGGAAAUAUGCGUUUUUAUAUUUUCCCUCACUGCUCUUGGCGUACUUUACACUAUGAACAAUGUUCCUGCAUUUCAAGAGCCAGUGGUUAUUCUUGAAAUUGGCGUGGCUGUUCUUGUGGCAGUUUUCCUCUUGGUCUACCUCGCUACGCGCUUCAAUCCUCCCAAGGAUCCUUUGUUCUAUGUUUUUGCAGAGUUUUCCUUCACGUGUGUCAUUGACCUCACGAGUGCCCUAGAAUAUGAUGGCUUCACCUCUGGGUUCAUGGAGUUCUACCAGAAAACGGGGGAGCCUUAUCUCGGUACACCCUAUGCUAUCAUGAUGUGCUACUGGGAUGGUAUUGUACACUUCAUCUUUUACCUGAUACUGAUACACCGCAUGUCAAACAGACAACAAUACCGCACAUUGGGGCUUUUUUGGGCUGGAUCGCUGUGCGCCAACAUGAUUGUGUUUGUACCUGGAAUCGUGGUUGGUGAAUAUGGCUCUGAGAUCCGCCCUGCCUAUUGGCUUAACAUGCCCUUUCUGUUGGUGCCAAUAUGGGGAGCCGUGUCUUUUUUCUCCAGGCCCAGAGAUAUGCGAUUUGUGGGCGCAGACAAGGCUGAACGUGAGCAGAAAAAGGCUUUAAUAUGGCGCCCCCUGGAUCUGCUUUUUGUGGUAUAUCUACUAGCUGUCAUGGGAUUUACUAUUUUUAGAGGACUGGCAGUCCUGGAUUGCCCGCUGGAAAUCCUCAACAAAUAUGUGACCGAAUAUGAACCGUAUCUAAAGGAUCCCGUGGGCUUCCCCAAAGUUAUGAUGUUGCUGCUCUUGUUUCACGCGCUCCCGAUGCUGGCUUCAUUUGCAUAUGGAUUGUGCACACCUGGCUGCACUUGGAUGCUCGAUCGGACUGUUUUCUUUGCAGGUGCCAUUUUACAGUGCCAGUGGUCUCAUAUCGGAGCGUCACUUCACCCGCGCACGGCAGAGAUGUACAGGAUUCCCUCCACAGCCCUGUUGCCGGUCCUGCUCCUCAACCUGUUGUAUGCAGUUGGGCCUGUGCUGCUUGCCCUGCGUUGUAAACGAGAGCCGGACUACUUCCUUCCCAUAGUACCUAUGGGCCAAAUCAACAAUGACAAGAAAUUAAGUUAAACCAACUAC